UUUCAGUGUGGGAACUUUGCUGUUUUGGUGGAUGUUCAUAUUUUGCCUGAAGGCUCCAGUAAAGACACCAGCUGGUUUUCAGAUCAUGAGAAAGAGGAAGUCUGCAGCCUGCUAGAAGAAGUUGUUGCUUCAAGGGUCAAACACUACUUGGAAAAACCUAAACAGCGUGGUCACUGGAGAUCAGUGGAACAUGCAUCAUCUGGUCCUAUGUUUCUUACAGCCAACAGCUUUCACAUUACUGCCUACUUUAUGAAGAGAUGGGUUAAUCUCCGUUGUGCUGUAGGGCAACAUCGUGAGCUACGUGUAUUUCCAGACAGAUUUAUUGUUUGUGUCAGUAAACUUGAAUCUAAUCCAAGUGCUUGGACAUGUGAAAGUGGGGUGUUGAAAGAAGAACUUUCCAAUGGGACGUCUGAAUAUUUUACUGAAUCUGUUGAGAACAAGAAGCUUAAGAUGAGCCUGAAUGAACAAAUAAAGCAAGACAUCUUGAAAGAAAUUGUGAAGAGGACAAAACCAAGGAAAACUAGCACAAGCAAACCUCAAAUCAGCAAGGGCUCUGAGAAAGUGUAUCUUGGCUCGGUGGACUCACAGACGGGGAACAGAAAGAAUGACUGUCAGAGUUCUCUCAGUCCUCCAUCUGAAGUGAAAUGCAAGAGUACAGGACUGCUAAAGGACUGCAUAAAUACAGCUGAGAGCAGCUUGGAGCUUCCUGUUUUAGAGCUGGAAAAUUAUGUUAAUCAGAGGCAGCCAGAUGAUGUUAGCAGCCAGCAAAAACCUCUCUCCGUGGAGAGGCUGAAGUCGAGUCUUCUAAGCAAGAACCCUCCGUGUAGCUCUGAGUCAGCACUGCUGGGUCCAAAACAAAGUCAGAAAGCGACCAAGACACAGGCUCAACAAAAGAACUGUGGUUCAGAAGAAAAGUUAGAACGCCUCAAAAAAGUAUCUUCUGAAGGGUCUCCUUUAACUCCUGGCAAUACAAAAACGAGUAAGUGCGAUGAGGAUUGUUUAGGUCCAUUCCUGGAGAAGAAGACCCCACUUAAUUCCAGGUCAUUUUCUAAACAAGAUGUAACAAAGACUGAGUCUGAUGAGGAGUCACUAACUCUGAGAAAAACCCUUUCCCGGCCUCUUUCUGAGAGGAACAAUAUAGUGCAGACAAGCCAAGAUGAGCCAAGCACAACUGCUGAAGAAUUGCCUGUGAUGCCAUCGUCUUGUUUAGAGCUGCGGCCUCUGUCUUCAGAGAAGCUUGUCCAAAAAAGAAAAAAAGAAGCUGAAAAUGGUCUUGGGAAGUUAAAACUGCGAAGGCUUAAGAAGUCAUAA